UCUUUGCCACCCUUCUUCCAGAUCAUUUACAAAUAUGUUAAAUAGCACUGGUCUCAGUACAGAGCCUUGGGGACACCGCUAUUUACCUUUCUCCACUGUGAAAACUGACCAUUUGUUCCUACCCCUUUGUUUCCUAUCUUUAACCAGCUAUUUAUCCAUGAGAGUACUUUCCCUCUUAUCCCAUGACUGCCUACCUUGUUUAAGCACCUUUGAUGAGGGACCUUGUCAAACGCUUUCUGAAAGUCCAAGUAGACUAUAUCCACUGGUUCACCCUGGUCCAUGUUUGUCUGACACCCUCAAAGAUUUCUAACAGAUCGAUGAGGCAUAAUUUCCAUUUGUAUAAGCUGUGUUGACUCUUCCACAACAUAUCAUGUUCAUCUACAUGUCUGAUAAUUUUGUUCUUUAUUAUAGUUUCAACCAAUUUGUCUGGUACUGAAGUCAGGCUUACUGGCCUGUAAUUGCCAGAAUUGCUUCUGGACCCUUUUUUAAAAAUUGGCGUUACAUUAGCUGUCCGCCAGUCAUCUGGUCCAGAGACUGAUUUAAGUGACAGGUUACAUACCACAGUUAGUAGUUCUGCAAUUUCAUAUGUGAGUUCCUUCAGAACUCUUGGGUGAAUACCAUGUAGUCCUAGUGACUUACUACUGGAUCACUUGAUGAUUAUCUGUUCUGUUCAUUCCCUCUGGGGCACCUGGCAUUGACCACUGUCGGUAGACAGUGAGAUAGAUAGACUUUGGUCUGACCCAGUAGGGCCGUAAUUUAUCAAUGUGUUCCAAAGCCUCCUCUAUUGACACUUCAGUCUGGGACAGUUCCUCAGAUCUGUCACCUAAAAAGAAUGGAUCAGAUAUGGAAUUCUCCCACUCAUCCUCUCCAGUGAAGACUGAUGCUAAGAAUUCAUUUAGCUUCUCUGCAACUGCCUUGUUUUCCUUGAUUGCUCCUUUAGCACCUCGAUUGUUCAGUGGCCCCACUGAUUGUCUGGCAGGCUUCCUGAUUCUGAUGUACUUAAAAAUAUUUUGCAACUAGUUUUUGUGUCUUUUGCUAGUUGCUCUUCAAAUUCUUUCUUGGCCUGGCUAAUUAUACUUCUACACUUGACUUGCCAGAGUUUAAAUUCCUUUUGGUUUUCCUCAGUAGGAUCUGACUUCCAGUUUUUCAAAGAUGUCUUUUUGUCUCUGACCACCCCUUUUAGGCCCCGUCUACACUUUGUGCUCAGUAAAGCAGCUUUGAGUGCUGUAACUCCCGUGGUUACACACUGCCAAGCCACUUAGCGCGCAGAAACUGCGCAGAUGCAGCACUCUAAAAAAACCACCCUGACGAGAGGUGUAGAGCUUUCUGCGCUGGGGCUACAGCCCUGCAGUGCCAGUGCAGACAUCAUGGCGAUUACAGAGCUGCGACUGGCCUCUGGGAGGUGUCCCACAAUGCCUGUUCUCACCUCUCUGGCCAUCGGUUUGAACUCUACUGCCCUGCCCUCAGGGGACCAAACGGCAGCCCCACCCCGUGCAUUCCUUUGCAGAUUUGAAAGUCCCCUUCCUGUUUGCUCCGUGACACAUGCAGUGGUCUCAACACAUCUUUCCAGGUGGCCAUGCCUGCUCCACAUGCCAGGCGAUCUCCCGCUUGGAGCAAUGCCGAGCUGCUGGAUCUCAUCAGCAUUUGGGGAGAGGAGGCUGUGCAGUCCCAGCUGUGCUCCAGCCGUAGGAAUGAUGAUACCUACGGACAGAUGUUACGAUGCAUGAGAGAAAGGGGCCAUGACCGGGACACACUGCAGUGCAGGGUCAAAGUGAAGGUGCUGCGGAACGCCUACCACAAGGCGUGGGAGGCAAACCGCCACUCUGGUGCUGCGCCCAUGAGCUGCCGGUUCUACAAAGAGCUGGACGUGAUACUCAGUGGUGACCCCACCUCCACUGCGAAGGUCCCUGUGGAUGCUUCGGUGGCUUCGUUGUCAGUCGAGAGUGGACCGAGCCAGGAGGAGGCAAUCUUGGAUGAGGAUGUGAAGCGGGAACCAGACGUAGAGGACAUCUCGGCGGCCAGAGAUGCAUGCAGCCAGCAGCUCUUUUCUACCCCGGAGGAGGCUAGCCAGUCACAGCAGUCGGAUCUUGGCAAAGUGCAAACAGGAGAGGAGGCCCCUGAGAUGACCUUGGGAGGCCAGCCUCCCUUACUGGCAGCAGAACGGUUGUGAAGAAUUAGAAAGCGUCCAAGAAGAACUAAGGAGGACUUUUUGCGUGAGGUUAUGAUGCACUCCGCUGCCGAGAAAAAGGAAUUGAAGGCAGGACAGCGAGAAGAGGGAACGAAAGGAGAACGCGGCACACCAGAAAGAAGCCACAGAGCGGCUCUUAACAGUUAUGGAACGACAAGUGGACACGCUCCAGGGGAUACUAGCUCUUCAAACCAAGCAGCUCCGCGCCCGCCCUCCCCUGCAGCCGCUGUUACAAAACUCUUUCCCAGGCGCCGUCCUUCCCCCACCAACACACUCUUAUCAACCUCCUGGCUCCAGUCUCUACCUGCAGCAUUCCACUCCUCCCUCCUCCCAGUCCAGCAGUGUGGCCUCCCACUACCCACUGCACUCAACACCCAGCCCUCUGCAGUCUGGCCCUGCUGAAGUACAGCACCCGCUGCAUCAUACUCCAAAGGAGAAGGUUGGGUAUGAUCCCUGGACAUACACAAAUCUGUAGCCGUCCCGGGACCCCUCCUCCUCUUGAGACCUUCCAUUCCCCCAUCCCUCUCCCUGCUGAUGAAUUUUUUCAUUUGACUCUCUCCUCUGAUUGUUGUCUUUCAAUAAAAUAAUUGUGUUUGCUUGA